GUCUUCUACCGAAGCAAGGACUGUAUCAUAAUUUUGUAAACCUCUGUUUCAAUACAGUAACAACAUACUCAUUUUUUCCACUCGAUGUUUACCUCGUAUCACCUUGUUGCUAUUGUCCUUAUUUGGAGUUUUAUCUUGGCGGACCGAAUGCAUGAAGAUGCUACAGUGUUGACGCUUUUCGUCUCAGGGCAAUCCAACUUGCUGGAUGCUCAUGAAACGAUCUUCGUCAUGGUACUUUAUGGUUUGUGUGAUCUAUGUUUCGAAUGGUUUCAAAUCUCGUGGAAAAAUGGGGGAUGCCAUAUAUGGCAUACUCCCAGGCCCCCCAAUGUGAGACCCGCCUCAUACAAACUACAGUAUGCGUAUAGACACGUAUCAGGUGCCGGUAUGAUUACUUACUGUUCACAGUAUAGAUUUAUUUUUUUUAUGACGUGUCCUCUCGAGACACAAGCUUUGAUCUUUUUAUAACACAAUAGCCGUUCUUCAUUACACAGCGGUUAUAUAUAUAUUAUGCUAAUGUAACGAAGGUUCAAAUGAUCCUUUCCGUCGAUUAUUUGCCGUCCGCAGUUGGAUCAAGGGGACCAUUAACAGGGACCUGUUCACCCAUGAACUGAGCGGUAUCGAAUCCGUUUUCUUCCAAAUAUUUCUUAAAAUCAAUAUCUUCUUGUUCCAGCGAAUCGG